AAGUUUUAUUUGAAUUAUCCAGAUAUUAAAUUUGAAGUUCUAGUCAAUAUAUUAUUUUAUGUUUUCAAGAAAGUUAUUGACAAGUUGAAGAGUUUUGUUCUUACUACUGUUAACUGUUCGUUGCAUCAAAAGAUUUAUUUAUGUUUGAAACUCGCGUGAAAAUGGAGACGCAACUAUCAUGGAAAUAUAUCGAAGGGAUACAUAAAACUACUGUUGCAAUUUUUGCAUGUAUGCUGUUGCUUGAUACACAGGUGUCCGCGUCAGGAGUAUUUGAAAUCAGAGUCGAUGAAUUUGUGAAUCAAGCAGGCCGAGCAAAGAAUGGGGAGUGUUGUGAGCUCAGCAUCGUGAAAGAUAUGGAAAUAUGCAGCAAGCCAUGUCGAACGUCUUUUCAUGUCUGCUUCACGCACUUCCAAUCGUCAUUAGGAUCAGAGACCAAAUGUACUUUUGGAUCAGCGAAAACACCCGUGCUGGGGUCGAACACAAUCUCUCCCACACAGUCUGAUCCAAUUGGAUUGAAUGUGAUACGCUUAAAAUUCAAUUUUACAUGGCCUAAGUCAUUUGCGCUUGUGAUCGAAGCCACACACGAACAUGAAAACGACGACUCCCCGCCGACAGGAAAACUUAUCGCUCGUAUGCAGAAGAAAGGAGAUGUCGAUGCUAACCAAGACUGGGCGACGGAAGUUCAAACGCAACAGGAAAAAAUUCUUCGAUAUUCUUACCGUGUCAAAUGCGACCAACAUUACUAUGGUGAUGGAUGCUCAAAAUAUUGCCGUCCACGUGACGACAUGUUCGGACACUAUACCUGUGACAGAAAUGGCGAAAAGGUGUGCUUAGAUGGCUGGAGAGAUGGGACAGGAAGUUACUGCUCAGAACCAAUAUGCCUGCCAGGUUGCAAUGCAACACACGGAGACUGCAAGAGACCCAAUGAAUGCAUAUGUCGACAGGGUUGGGAAGGAGAAUUAUGUGACAAGUGUCAGACAUACCCAGGCUGUUCACACGGAACAUGUCAGAAAAUUUUUGAAUGUAAUUGUGAUCCAGGAUGGGGCGGAAUGCUUUGUAAUCUAGACUUGAAUUAUUGUACCAACCACAAACCAUGUAAAAACGGUGCAAGAUGUACCAAUUCUGGACAAGGUAGUUUUUCAUGUGAAUGUCCACCAGGAUUUACUGGAAGGGAAUGCGAAAUCGAAAUGAACGAUUGUGAACCUAAUCCUUGCAAGAAUGGGGCUAAAUGCACGGUCCAGAAAUAUGGUGGAUAUACCUGCGAAUGUCCAGAUAAUUUUUUCGGUCCCACCUGUGAAAAGACCCACGUUACCUGUGCUACAAAGCCGUGUAAAAAUGGGGGCACAUGCUUUGAAGAAUUAACACAGUACCGGUGUCGAUGUGAACACGGUUUUCGCGGACUUAAUUGUGAAAUCGAAGACAAGCGUUGCUCACCGAAAACAUGUCUUAACGGGGGAACUUGUCAAAACGAGAAAAACGGCUACACCUGCUCUUGUAGAUUUGGAUACUCUGGUAAACGAUGUCAAAAUCCACCAGAGAGGUGCGAAAGAAACACAUGCAAAAAUGGCGGUACAUGCGUCAACAAUAGAAAAGGUUUUGAAUGUAAAUGUACAGACGAAUUUUCUGGCAAAAGAUGCGAAAUGGAGUCUCCAUGUUUUCACAACCCCUGUCAAAACAACGGAAGAUGUAUGAAGAUAGGAGGAUCGGAAUUUUCUUGCUUAUGUCGUGCAAGUUACAAGGGAGAUAUGUGUGAGACACCUAUUGCGGACGGCCUAUCAGCUGGACAAUACGAUAGUAACAAAAACACUAGAAUCAUCGUUUUGACCAAAGACGAAAAAUCUGGUUUGAACACAGCACAAUGGAUUGCAGUUUGUUUCGGAUCUGGUUUUCUGUUACUAAUAUUUGUUGCCAUUGCGAUUUGCGUCAUCUAUCAGCGACAAAUAAAAAGUACUUACAUUGGCGGUCGGGCCAUUACCUCUAAUUUCUCCCAAUCCGGUAAUUCUGAAUCAGGAAAUCAAAACCCCGAAUCUGCUUCAGAUCGAUCGUCGGUAGGAUUGUAUACAACAAGCACUUCACCGACGAAGACAAGCUUUCUGACAAAUGAUCUUUCUCACGAGCGUGAAAUGUUCAGCUCGGAAAUUGUGGUCGUACCCACCAACACAUUGUCUCCCGCCAGGAAAUGUCUCGUGGGAUCGAAAUCGACAGAAUUUCUCACUAAAGCACCGGAAAGUUACCCUCAAGAACGAAGGGAAAAGCGAUCGUCGCUUAUCCUGACCGCUGGACAUCAGAACCAUAAGCAUCAAAAUCAUGCUAAUUCCCAUUACGACGUCGGAUGUGUAAAACGUGGUGAUGACGUGUCAACCAACUCUCGAGCUUCUACUCACACAUCGGAAACAGGUACACAUGCGUCGCAUCGAAGUCGUUCUCUCAGCAGACAGAGACACGGAGAUAACCUGCGUCUUCCCACAUACCAAGAGGCUUGUCGCGAAGAGAGGUUUUCCUCCAGCCAGGUUGUUUGAGUUGUUCAUGGAGACUUCUCUAUACAACCAAGCAAAAUCGAAAAAAUGGCAAUGUCUGGCGUAACAGGCUAGUGUUUCUCUGGUGGGGGCAAUGUCAAUAUUUUAAUCGGUAUAGUAGUUCCUGGCCAAUUUUGUUCAAUGUGGAGCAAAUUAUCUUGGUAUUCCAAUUGAUUAUGCAACCCAAGUGAUGAAGAAGACAGGUUGCGCUAAGUCAGGCAUACACUGUGACUGUGACUCUGCAUUCAUACCGUUAACCCACAGAAUUUGUCAACCGGCAGUACCCAUUGGGGACAAAUAGAGGCAUCUUUUUACCUUCUUCUGCUCUGGAAUCAAAUCGUUUUUAAUCGCUCUCAAGAUAAAAUCGAUAAUCACAUUGUAUGCUGCUUGAAAUCACUUGUAUUUAAAUUAGUCAAUUAAGUAAGGGAUUAUAUGGUAUGUUAAAAUUGCGAUUUGCAUGAUAUUGCAUACUGCGGGUUGAUUGUAGAUACAAAUGGAUAAAUGUAUUCCUAUUUCUCUGCAUAACUUGGCCUGAUUGCAGUCCUUGUAUCACACUCAUAUUUGUCUUUUUUUGGAUAUUCUCGGUAUCCUCUUGGACAAUUUCAUAUAUAAUAUUGCUUCUCGUUAUGGUUCUAACCUCCCAUAUAUUAUAUUAUACCGUUCCAUUUUCAUAAAGCUGUGAAAAAAGCCCCGGUACUGUAAUAAUACGACUGUUUAUAAAUAAAACUGCCUGUUUCUUAUUUUUUGAAAGUAGAGGCGUGCCAAAUCAUAUUGUGUUCUUGUUGUUACCGUUAUUAUUAUUGUUAAUAAUUUAAUAUUUUCAAAAUGAUAAUUUUUGCUUAGUUACAAAUAUCGGUUUUGUAGAAUUGGGUUUGUUUGUAAGCGAUCAGUAAUUUGGCGUUUAUUAUUUUCUGAUAAUCAUUCCAUUGUUAGCUUUUUUGAUUUUUUGCUAAUUAUUUUUUUGCUUUUUUUUUUCGAUUCAACGUGAAUUGCCACGUGAUUAUAUUUUGAUUAUUAUUACCUAGUUGUCAGGCGGUUUUACAGAAGGUCUGUAACGUGUUUGUUUUUCCUAGUUUCGUAUCAUAAAUAAAAUAAACUCGGUUUGUAAAA